AUGCCUGACAAUCAGUUGAGUGCGGAGUCCAGUCACGAGAUUCAAUCCGUAAAAUCUGCAAGUUCUGCAGGUACGUUCUUUUCCAAGAGCUCCAUCAAGAAUAAAUCAAGGCUAGCACUUGGACGAUUCUUCCGCAAUGCUAACGGUAACGGAAGCAACGGAAAUGAUAGUGGCAGUGAAGGCAGCCACAAUACUGAUACCCGGGUUUCUCCACAAAUUUCCGGCGAUCUUCCACCAGGACUUCAGACUUUAAAGCAUACAAAUCACUUGCAUAAUCCGAACAAUUAUCAGGCUAAUGGCAGUUCGCAGACGCGAACACCUCAUCCGAAGGAUAACAAGCAAAGAAGCUUUUCAAAUUCCAAUUCAGUAUCAAGCUCACCGGUUACACAGAAUUCACAUUCCAACUCUGUAUCAGGCCUUUCAAAUACACAAUCACAUCCAUUAUUGCACAAUCAUACGUCACAUGAACAUAACAAACCAUCAUUAAAGGUACAGCAUUCAACUGUAACAUUGGAUACCUCACCUCAGCCGAACCAGCAUCCUGCAGAGUAUCUUCAGAGACAAAUCGAACAAUUUAAGCUGCAACCACCCCCUAAAUUAUCAUCGGCCGAUAAUUCCCAUCCAAAACCCCAUCACAAGAAAUCACUCCGUUUGAAACGGUUCUUUAAGCUCCACGAACAAUCCGGAGAGCAAAAACAUGUAGAACAAAAACAACCGACAGCAACCGCAGUCGUUACAGACCGUAAAACUACAAAAUUGACUUUAUACGACGCAGAAGACGCCCAUGAAUUGAUACAGAAGUAUGGUAUUCCGGGGAAACUUCUCGGCGAAGGUGUUUCUGGAUCUGUAAGUGUUGUAAAAGGUUCGGAUAACACUUUGUUUGCAGUGAAAAAAUUCAGACCAAGAGCUGCUAGAGAGACCUUGUUGGAUUAUUCUAAAAAAGUUACGUCUGAAUUUUGUGUAGGAUCGUUUUUGCAUCAUCAGAACGUUAUCGAAACCUUGGAUAUGCUACAAGAGGGAGAGCAUUUUUUGGUAGUAAUGGAAUAUUGUCAGUAUGAUUUCUUCACAUUGGUUAUGAGUGAUCUAAUGGGAAAGCAUGAAAUCGCAUGCUAUUUCAAACAAAUCUGUAAUGGAGUUGCAUAUCUACAUUCUCAAGGAUUGGCUCAUAGAGAUUUGAAGUUAGACAACUGUGUUGUUAAUGCUCAAGGUAUCUUGAAGUUGAUUGACUUUGGUAGCGCUACCAUUUUCCAUUACAAAUACGAGGAUAAAAUAGUGAAAGCGAAAGGCAUUGUUGGUAGCGACCCAUACUUAGCUCCAGAGCUUUUGGUAAGUCAAUACUAUGAUCCGAGACCCGUAGAUGUUUGGUCCAUUGCAGUAAUGUUCUAUUGCAUGACAUUAAGAAGAUUUCCAUGGAAAAAACCAAGCGAAGAGGUCGUGUCAUUCAAAUUGUUUGCUCAAAAUCCAGAUGAUGAGAACGAUCACACUAAGGGUCCAUACAAGAUUUUGAAGUUACUUCCACGUCAUUCAAGACCAUUGAUUGGUAGAAUGCUAGAACUAAGUCCUCACAAGAGAAUCUUAAUGCCGGAAGUUUUAGCGGACCCGUGGUUCCAAAAUAUACAUUGUUGCGAAGUUGACAACGAUGGAAAAUUGAUCAAUCCACCAACUAACCACAAGCAUCAUUUAAUUACGGAAGACGAAUUAAAAGAGCUUACUGAGAAGAGAGAAAAGGAGGCUAACGAACGGAGAGCAGCAGAAUUAAAUCACAAUACGACACAAGAGUGA